CACCCUUGGGUCCCUCUCUCUCUCUCUCUCUCUUCUAAUCAUCGUCUCUCUCUCUCUCUCUCUUUAUCCCCUCUCUUCUCUUCGCUCGCGCGUCUCAAUCAGUUAAAUCUAUACAUGGUUGUAAAUCUAUUGCAGUGACGACGGCGCAAUUUGACCCGAUGAGUUACGGAGGAUCGUCGAAACCCGGUCGCGGUAGGGGUGGAGGAGUAGGAGGCGGCGGCGGUGGUGGUGGACCGGGCCGAAACCGCAAUUCGUUCCCACCUCUCACCAACCGACAUCCUUCCCCCGUCGGGAGGAUGUCCACCGGUGGUGGUGGCUCCUCGGCCGCCCCACGACAGAGGAAUACUACCAGCGUCAAGGCGGCGGCCGCGGCGUCGUCUUCUCGUGCCGUUGAGGAAAAGUUUAGCCUGGUUCCGAGGGAGAGUCCACCGGCUUUUGGAAUGAUAAUACGGUUAACUCCUGACUUGGUGGAUGAGAUGAAGCGCGUGGAGGCAGAAGGUGGAGCCGCCAAGAUCAAGUUCGAUGCGUUUCCGAACAAUAGCACUGGGAAUAUAAUCGAUGUUGGUGGAAAGGAGUUCAAAUUUACCUGGUCAGGGGAGCGUGGUGAUUUAUGUGAUAUCUAUGAGGAACACCAAAGUGGUGAAGAUGAAAAUGGUGUGCUGAUUGAGGCUGGAUCUGCUUGGAGAAAAUUGAACGUCCAGCGAACUCUAGAUGAGUCAACCACAAGCCAGAUGAAGAUGCGCUCAGUCGAAGCUGAACAGAGGACCAAAUCGCGCAAGGCAAUUGUUUUAGAUCCUGGGAAUCCAUCAUUGAAGAAGCAAUUAGCUCGUGCUGAAGCAAGUCCAUGGAGAAUGUCAAAUAACCAGAAGAAGGAACCUCCGCCUAAGAAGCGGAAAGUCGAUCCACCUCCAGUUCCAAUCGGAGGUCCAAAGCCUUCUUUCAGACCAGGGGUUUCAACCACUUCUGUGAAGAAUAGGCUUUCAGCUUCACCUGGACCAUCUCCUUCUAAUCAAUACAAUACCCCUUCUUCAUAUGGGACUGGGAAUAUUGCUAAAACUCAUGCAGAUAACGUGAAUGUCACACCAGUCAACACAAAGGGCAGAGAGAGAAUUGUUGCUAGCGAAAAGGAUUUAUCAACCUGGGAAAGAAAUGCUUUAAGGGACACAUCUGAACGCCAAGAAACCAAUGUUAAUAAAGAAAUUGACUUGCAGGCACUGCUAGUUGAUCUCCUAAAAGAGGCUCCAAUGAGCUUGAAGGCUUUAGAGAAAGCUGUUGGAGAUAGAACCCCUAAUGCGUCAAAGAAGAUUGAGCCAAUUUUGAAAAAAAUUGCAAAUUUCCAAGCUCCAAGGUAUUUCUUAAAACCAGAAGCAGAUUUGGAUAGCAGAAGUUCACCUGAACACCAGCAACUGCUUCCAAUCACUGAGUGCAAUCGCGACCAGUUACCUGUUCCAGGGGUUAGCAACAUGGAGACCUUUUCUGUGUGCGAGCGGAAAGGAGAAGGUUUACAAGAGUGUUCACCUUUGCCUCUGGGAGAGCAUCUGAGUACGCAAGAAAAUGUUGACAUUGAGCAUCAUUCACCUGGUAUUCUUCAUGAGGAAAAGCGAUCUGAGAAUAGAAAUGGCCAGGUUCGUAGCUCUAGUAGCGACAGUGAUAGUGAUAAUAGUGGGAGCAGCAGUGAUAGCGGGAGCAGCAGUGAUAGCGAUGCUUCUUCUAACAGCAAGGAAGUUUCUGAUGAGGAUGUGGAUAUAAUGAGCGAUGGUGACAAAGAGCCCCGACAGACAAUUGACAUCGAGGGUAAUGAUUCUGAUGCCGUGGACAUCGAUGGUCACAGUUCAGAUGAGGGUCAUGGUUCUGAAGCUGACAGGAAGAAUGAAGUUGGCAUUUCAGAGCAGGAAAAACUACCUUCUGGUCACGACAAGCUACGAGAGCGCCAAAAUUUUAUUGGACAGUUGUUUGAUGACACAGAUAAUACUACGAAGGAUAGCUUAAAAAGUGACCAGCCUGGCAUCUCUGAGAGGCUGGCCAAAGACCAGAACCAAAUAUCCCCUGCUUUGGAGCACUACAGUCAGCAAUCAGCACGGGAGAGAAACGUAAAAUCCCAGCAAUUGCCUGCCAUAGGUAAAGAAGAUUCACAGCCUUCAGAGCGCAAGAAUGAUUUACAACAUCUGAACGCUUCUGCUAGUCAAAUGAUUGAUCCACUAAAAGGACUUCGGAAGUCAUCUACUGAAAAGUUGAGUAGACAUGGUCAAAUGAAGCCUGGUGAUAGUUCAGGUAAAUCAAACAAACAUUCUGAUGCCUUGGGUGAUGUUCGUAAAGCUGACGAAGAUGACCAUUUUCCGCAUGAAACCCUUUCUAGUCGGUCAGGAAAGGCCUUCAGAGACAAUCAUAGGGAUGCUGUUCAUUCAAAAAAUAAGUUUGCAAGGAAUAAAAAAGAUGGUGAGUCAUCCAUUGGACCUUCAUUUCCUUCUGACAGAGCCAACAGAAAACACGGUGAACUGGAUGGAAGUGAGAAGGAUCCCAAGAAUGUUUCAGGCUUGGGCAUGGGUUCCUCUCCAUUGGAUAGCCAGAGAGCAAAAUUACCUAAGGGAAAUGGAUCUAUUCUCCAAAAACAAGUUUCGGACUUGGAGUUGGGUGAACUCCCUGAGUCAUUGGAGGUAGAUACAGCAGUGAAGGAACUCGAAGAUAAAACUUGUUUUAGGCAGUCAAAUUUUAAACCAAGCACUUCAGAAAAGUUGGGUAUUGACUCAGAUAAACGGAGGUCUAAAAAAUCUUCAAAAAAACAAGCUCUUACACAUGCUGGCAAUGGUACAAAAGAAUUGCCCCAACAAGUUGUUGAUGAUUCAGAAAGAUCCCAAAAGUUGGCUUUGCAGUCACAUGAGCAGAACCACACGGGUACAGACACUGAAAACGGCUCACAUUACAAUAAUUUAGAGGAUGCAGCUUAUAAAUCAAGAAAGAGAUAUAGUAGAGGAAGAGUAGUAAGCAGUGUGGAAGGUUAUGGAGAGACGAACAAAAAAACACCCGUUAUAAAGCAGGGCUCCGAACGACCAUCCACAUCCCGCUCAUCAAGGGAGAGCAAAAGACACAAAAAUGCAACUUCUAUGAAUGGACACAAAGAUGCAACUUUUGAUGCAGAAGACUCUUCUUAUUUGAAAUACGAGAAAGCCUCUCCCGACCAUAAGGGGCCUAUUAGGGAUCAUUUGCAGUAUAAAGCAUACAUGCAGGAAUAUUUGGAUAAAUAUGAUGAUUACUGCUCCAUUAACAAGAUAUUAGAGAGCUACAGAAAUGACUUUCAAAAGUUGGGGGAAGACCUUAAGCUUACAAAAGGAAGAGACAUGGUGAGAUAUAACAAAAUUGUUGACGACUUGAACGAAUCUUAUCGCAAAUAUGGAGAGAGGCACAAACGUUUGAAGAAAGUGUUUAUUGUUCUCCAUGAAGAAUUGAAGCAACUGAAAGAAAGAAUGAAAGACUAUGCAUCAUCUCACGGGAAAGAUUGAUGCAACUGGAAUCAAAACUCUCUAUAGACAAUGGACCUCAUGCUGUGAAAAGAGGAGGUUGGAUAUGCAUUUCUCCUUUGGAGUCGAGUCAUCUUGUUGAUUAAUUAUUUACCUGUGUUUUCUUCUUAUGAAAUUAGAAAUGAUUUAUAGGCCCAGUUUUGUGUGAGUUGUUCCUUAAGGAGACAUUUCGUAGAUUUUAUGGCUUUAUUUUGGUUGCUGA